UACACUUGUACAUGAGCAAGCAUCCAACACCCAACGAGAACCACCCACAACCCAACCGCCAACAGCUACAUCAGCCGAUUGAAACCAUCCCUCAUACCCCUCCGCAACUACCGCCAACCUUGCCAACCAUCAGCGAUAUCAACAACCAACUUCUGCACACAACACCCGGCCGACCAUCCUGCCAGCCAUCUCCCGUACCACCCACAGCAGCAUCAAACACAAACAACCCUACCGAUUUCGUCCAAAGCCAACCAUCAUGUCAGCCACCCACCCUCCCAGUCAUCACAACACCAAAUGACCUGCAGCAUCAGCAACCACUCUAUGAUCCCACGAGCGAUAGAAGCGACCAUCUCCAAAUACACGCAAUCACCGACGAUCACCGAACAGCCAACAGCAUCGAGCAUCAAAACACCGUAUGUCCAUCCAACGAACCUGAAACAACAAGGAAUGAAAAAGUGUACAGGUCGAUUCCGUACAUACCCGCACUCUCGCAACGCAUAACCAAAAUCCUGACCAAAGACUACCCAAACAUCAGCAUCACGACUAGACAACACCGGACCAUCAAUCAACUGCAUACCAAAGUUAAAUACCCUGUAAGAAAAACCGAAAUUAACAAUGUAAUCUAUAAAAUUCCAUGUAACGACUGCGAGAGCUGUUACAUAGGAAUGACCAAAAACAACCUAGGCAAAAGGCUCACUGGACACAAAAGCAAUGUAAACAAACUUGAUAAGUUGAUGAACGAUAGUCAGACAAACACUGAAGCAGCUAAAACUACACUAAUAGAGACAACGACAGCCCUAAUCCAACAUUGUAUUGAACACAACCACAGAUUCAACCUUGACCAAACACAAAUUAUUGACCAUAGUUAUAAACAGACAACACUACCAUUCCUCGAAAUGUGUCACAUCACAAACACAGACAAAACAGUGAAUAAGCGAACAGACGUAGAUAGACUUAGCACCACAUACGCAGCUGUGUUGCACAGCAUUAAAACUAUACAAGAACGCAACAAACCGAAUGUAGAACGACAAACCGACGAUGAAACGUAGAUUAUUAGGAUAGGGCACUUUUGCUACCAAUGACCGUUCAAUUAUAUGUGGGGGGUUGGUAGAAGUAGAUUUGCGCCAAACGCGUACAGUCCGUUGCAAAACUAGAUAAACCAAAUAAGUGUAAGACAAAAUUUAUCAUUAGACAAGGAACCCGACAAUUUCAACUUUUAAUAAUGACUUUACAGCAUGUACCAACAACAACUCGACAAGACAGUUACAGUUAGACGAAACAUAAGACCAAAAACGAAAAAUUAAUUACCCCUGAAGAUGACACAAAACCCCAGUGUCGAAACGUCGGGCAAAUAAUAAACCUCGUUUUCCCAAAUUACAAGACUGCGUAGCCGUUUAAAUCGUAGAUUAAAACCCUCAGUCGAUCCUCCAGAAGAUA